UUCGCUCAAGAAUCUCUUUUGGAUUUAUGUGAAUUUUUAGCAUAGACUUUUUUUUUUUCUUUUUAUUUGUGUUAUACUAAAAUUAUUUCUUUUGGGAUCAACAAGGAUUAAACUUUAAAACUUUUAAUUUCUAUAAGCUUUAUAUGAUGUCAUGAAAUCAAAAGAAAAGAGGUUAGUCUCAUUCUUGUGGUGAUUUUAUAUAUAUAUUUCUGGAUCAAAGAAAAAUAUUUCGUGGUUCUUUAUAUUUAUUCAUCUGAUCUUGUGCAACUCAAUUCUAUUGUCUCAUAAAUGUUAAUAGCAUCUGCACUCAAAUAGCAUGCAAAAUAACGAGAAAAAAAAAGAAAAGAAAAAGAGACAAGUAGAAGAAGAAUCUAACAAGUUUCAAAACAGUAAUGUGGCUGGUUGAUAUUUAGCCACCAUCUAUGAGAAUGAUAGUCAUAGUCAUAGUCAUAGUAAUAACUUAUAGGAUCACUAGAUUAAUUGCUUCCAACCCAAACUCUUCCUCUCAAAGACAAACAAGCAUUUGACUUAGACAAGAGGCCAUUUAUCAUAAAAUAAAUAAAUACCUUGGUGCCAUUAAUGAAGUGCCACAAGUUGAGAUUUAAUUAUGUAUAUGUACAAAGUCAAUGGGUUAAUCAAAGGCUAAAUAAGAAGUAUAUAUGCAUGUAUUCCAGACUGUGUUAAUAAAGUGAGAGGUUUCUAAAUUCUAAUAAUUUCUACAACAAAGCCUUGGAGAGAUAUGAAGAGGAUGUUAGCAUCUAGCUCACCAGUCAUGGUGCUGCUGUUUAUGGUCUUUGCUGUGCUUGUCAUGUUGCCGGAGGCCUCCGCAAAACGGUGGUUAGUAGGAGACAACAUGGGUUGGAACUCUAAUGUCAAUUACAGUACUUGGGUGAAGGGAAAGCAUUUCUACAAUGGUGACUGGCUAUUUUUUGUGUAUGAUAGGAACCAGAUAGAUGUACUAGAGGUGAACAAGAAAGACUAUGAAAAAUGCAAUUCUGAUCACCCUCUUCACAAUUGGACCACCGGUGCCGGAAGAGAUGAUGUUCCAUUAAACAUGACUCGAAACUACUACUUCAUCAGUGGCAAAGGAGGGUUCUGCUUUAAAGGCAUGAAGGUAGCUAUCCAUGUUGAGAACCUGCCACCUCCACCAAAGGAGGAUGACUCACAAAUGGCUGAUGCACCAGCAUUACCCCCAGCAAUAGCUGAAGCACCAACACUGGCACAGCCCCCGGUAGAGAUCAGAGCACCAGCAUCAGCAUUACCCCCAACAAUAGCCAAGGCAACAAGUCCGGCACAGCCCCCAGCAGAGACUGGAGCACCAACAUUUUCCCCAGAAAGGGGUGGAGCACCAACAUUGUCCUCAAGAACCCAGGUUCUUGUUAUGGCUGUUGUCUUUGCCAUUGGGGCAACUUGGGAUACAUUCAUUCAUUUCUGUUAGAAAUCAAAUAAGUUGUCUUUCAUAAUGGUAAUUUUUGGCUUUCACGGGGAUAAUAGUUGUUGACCUCAAAAUAAGUGGUUCAUUAGUUGUUUCAUUGCUGAAAAUAUAUUCCUGCAUUCUAAUAGAAAUAAUUGUCCAAUUUUAAUUGUGCAUAGAGAAAUAAUCUGUUCCUUAAAAUCUGUUAGAAUUCCAAUUUAGCUCCCAAAAUUUCCUCCGAUAUCUAGAUUGUCAAUCCAUCGUAUUACUAGAUUUAACAUAAACAUCUAGACACAAGACAUCAAGAAGAUAUUCCAGUUAAAAGCUUACAACAGCAAUUGUUAUGUACACACUCAUCUAAUCAACUUUUCCUAAUGUAAUGCAAAGUGCAGCUCAGAAUCUCAGAUAGUACUAAAUCAUAGACAAAAUAGACAAAAUACACAAAAAAAGAUUUGUAGCAGUCACAAGCAUAUGUUGAAUAUAAAAAAUGGUUUACCUGAAUACCUAAGCUCAGAAACAAGUAAUUACGCUCAGCAUGAAAACUGUUGUUCAACUGGAACCAGGGUCAAGUACAGGAAGCCUGCAA